UGUUCGUGUAUAGGUUUCAAAGCAAUCACCCCCGCACCCUGCACCCUUGUAAAGAGCCUUUGGCAAUACGCCGGCCUCGCGUACUGCUACUGCUCGAGCUAGCUUGUGGAAGGAACCGAAACAUCCAGCGUCGCUUCGCCGCCUUCGUCAUCAUCGCCGUCUUGCCGGAAAGUACUCUCGCGUCGGCGUGCCGGGCUGGGCUGGGCCAACAGGGACAGGAAGCAAGCCAAGCCAAGCCAAGGGCCGGUCAGGGCUACAUAAAAACCGUCGAGCAUGCAGUUUCAGCGCAAGAAUUCAAUGGGGAAGAAAAAAAAGCAUGCUAAAACGUGGCCCAUUGAGAAGCCGCAGCACCUUUAUCUUGUCCUGGAUGACUGGUCAUGGGGAUAUAGUAUUCGAAAGAUCGACUUGACAUUUGGCGACGAGCGGAGGGGUGCCAUCUACACCAGCGAGGAUAGACUACCAUCUGCCAUGUUUUGCUUGCAGGGACGUCGUGGCGAGCCCAAAGCCAUCAUGGGUGCUUUUGACAACAUGAUUUUGGCUAUGCCACCCUUGGACCACAUACACGGGAUGAACAAUUUGGGUCUACAUUGUGGUGCCGUAAUUGACAUUCAUGCACGGACCUUCAUUAAUGGACCAUGGCAGGACACGUCGCUGGAUGUGGUCAACCCAAUCUACAUUCCUGUUGGUGGCAGGCUCUUUUUCCUUGGUGAUAGCUCCUCCUGGAUGCUCUACCAGGCAUGUGAUGAUGCCUACUUCUAUAACUUCGUGUGGGCGUGGUCGGAGCUCCCCAAGCCAAUCUUUCAGUGUGAACUUGUCACCUCCUAUGCCGUGCACCCAGAUGAGCGGACCAUCUUCGUUAGCGGGUCGUUUGACGCCCCUACCACCUUCAGCAUCAACACAACCGAUCCCGCCACCAUCGGCUUGGAGGAGCCUGUGAACCCUCAGUGGAAGCAACAUGGUAUGUGGCAGCUGCCCUUCACUGGACGUGGUUAUUUCGAUCCUGAGUUGGACGCCUGGGUUGGGCUUUCCGCACAGCUGGACACCAUUGGCCACAUCUGCUCAUGUGAUGUGGUGUCUACCAACUCCGACACAAGCCAUCAGCAGUGCCCAGCCCUGAAGGUCGGCAAAGAGAACUUAUUUGGCGAGUUCCUAGACGAGAGGCACAUAGGUGCCACCCUAGUCUAUACGGGUGGUGAGAGCAAAUUCUGCCUCCUGGAGGUCAUCUGCAUGCAAGCUGACUUAGCUAACCAGCCAACUGAAUCUGAUGAGAAGAAUGAGGACUUCGACGCUGGGUUGAAUGACACUUAUUCCGAUGAGACGACUGUCGGUGAGGUGACUGAUGAGAUGAAUGAGUACUCUACUAAUGAGGUGAAUGAGGAGCAAGAUCAGAAACGUUUUUUGCGGUUGACGACCUUUUCACUUAGGUAUGACAGGAAUGGAGACCUGACAACUGGCAAUAGCCGGCGGGUUCGGUACUAUAGUUUGCCUCAAGGAGUUACUAAUUCGAUGCUUGAGUAUCCCGUGGCAUUCUGGAUGUAAUUAGAAACCAUGAUAUGCAUAUUGCAUCACAUAAUAUUUGCCUGAUGUAAACCUAGCAGGCAUGAUAUGCGUCAUGUAAUUAUCGCUUGCAUGAACAACAGAACAUGGGUGAGCGUCUGGAGAUUUAAGGCUGAUGUUAUUUAUGUAGUCAUUUAAAAUGUUUUAUUAC